UUUAGCUUGUUGUGAACGUUUUUUUAAUAUGGUUAGGAGAUGGAGAUUUAAAUUGAUUUUAGGAAUUAAAUUUGGUUUGCUUUUACAGAGAGAGGGAGAUCGUGAGAAGGAAAGCAAAAGUAAAUGAAAAUAGGGGGCCCUCCCUUGUCAAUCCUUUGAUCACUGUUUUAGUACUAUUGUACAUGCACGAAUAUUUUGCAAAUUGGCCCAAAGAUUUGACAUCUCACUAUCUCAGUUUGCUAGAAUUCGCUUUCCCUUAUAUAUAUAAUCUUCUUCUCAAUCUAACUCAGAAUAAUCAAUCACCUUCACCCCCAAAAUCUUUUUUGUGAUGAGCGUUUGAGUCCAAAAGAUAGAGAGAGAGAGAGAGAGAGAAGCAAGAAUGGAGAAAAUUAAAGAAACGAAGGCACAGUCAAAGAGAGGUUUAUGGAAGCCAGAGGAAGACUUGAUUUUGAAGAAUUAUGUAGAGACCCAUGGCGAAGGCAACUGGGGAACCGUGUCUAAGAGAUCAGGGUUGAUGAGAGGAGGGAAAAGUUGUAGACUGAGAUGGAAGAAUUACCUAAGACCAAACAUAAAACGUGGUGGAAUGUCUCAGGAGGAAGAAGACCUUAUAAUCCGAAUGCACAAGCUUCUUGGUAACAGAUGGUCUCUAAUUGCUGGGAGACUUCCUGGUCGAACCGACAAUGAGGUGAAGAACUAUUGGAAUACCCAUUUGAACAAGAAAAAUCUUUUAGGCAAAAGAAAAACUAUUGACUCAAACAAGCAACAUAUUGACAACGAAGACAAUAUUGAGAAGCAAGAUCGCAGGAAACCAAGCCAGCCGCAUAAGUCUCAGUCCAUUUUCAGCACAAGUCCGGAAAGGACAACAGAUGAGGGAUUGAUGGAUUUGGACGAGAAGAAGCAACAAGUGAAGGAAGAAAGUAGUUUUACAGAUGGUACAUGGAUGGAAGGAGCAGUUCAGUGCUUCAACUAUGACUAUGACUAUGACAUUGACAUGAUAGGAACUCCACUGAUGAUGAUGAACCCCGAUUAUUCAAAUUUCGUGUUUGAUGAAGGGCCUUUCACAUCCUAUAUGGACUCUUUUGUUCUGUUCGAAGCAUUUGGGACAGAUUCAGAUCAUGUGGGAAUCCAAUCAUUCUUGCCUUAGAUACAGCCAGCAUAUACGUGGGCCACCACCGGGGAAGAGCACUUUGCCGGGUAGGGCCAGAGGGAGGUGUUUGUUUUAUCCCAAGGGGCAAACAGUGUUAGGCUUUAGCGGGAGAGGUCAUGGCAUCGUAGUACCACCACCUUUAGAAAGCCGUGUUGACAGCAUCACGAGGAUUUUUUUUUUUUAAUUGUGAACCAGUGAAGCGAGGAUUAUAAUUUUAACUUAUCAGUAAUUUUGAUCCUAAGGC